GCUACUGACCUGACGUUUCCUGCUCAGGAUGCAGAGCGCUAGGUGGAAGGAGAAAAAUAUCAUUUCUUUACUUUUCAUCAUACUGAUCAUUUUGGUCACAACUACCUGCUAUCCCUUCAUCAUGGCUUGUAAUAACUAUCUCGACAGGCUGAGCACGUAUGCAAGAACUCACGACCUAACGCUUAAAUAUGAACCAUUCAUCUCUGAGGGUCCUGACCACGACAAAACAUUCAUCACUAGGGCAGUUGUUGGUGGUAAACAUUUUCCCAAAGGGAAUGGGAAGCGAAAGAUUGAUGCCAAGCGCAGCGCAGCUGCCAUUGCCCUGGAUCAUCUGUUGAAGUCGUCUAAUGAAAUUCAAAGACCUGUCCGCUCGGUAGAAAAUGCAGCAGGACCUUCAACUGCACCGCUUUAUCAGGGAGGAGACCAAAACAUGGAGGUGACUGUGCCGGCCUCACAGCCAACAGGAAAUGAAACAAACACUACUCAAUCCUGGCAAUUCGUGCCCCCAGCUUCCACCAAGAAGUUGAAGGGAAAAACCAAAGCAGCCAGGCUCGAUGACGGCAUGAAACGUGAUGGGGAAGAAGAUGAGAGCCUUGUUCAUGCUGAAACGAUGUGCUUUCAUUCUACAAGCCAUGAAGAUUUCUGCAUACUUGUCGAAUACAAGUUUCCAAAAGAGCAGAGGUCCUCAGACCAGCAGGACUAUGCCAACCAAAACAAAACAAGGAGUCAGAAUGGUUUUAUGUCAAGGAGUACCGCUAUUAUGAAGACAUCUUUUGAGUCUUCAGUCUCUAAAGAUGGAGCAUCAUUUAAGAUAUCAUCACAGAUUUCUACGAUGCCAACAUGGGAACAUGACAAAUCGUCACUCCAGAGCAAUUCCCUCUGUCAACAUGAUUUUGCUGGUCCAUCAGACUGUCCUGAGGUUCAGACUUCACAAAAUCCAAGAGAUGAUGGCAAAAAUGCCAAACCCCAAGCCUCGAAACGGCGGUCCUCAGACAAUCAGGAUGCUGUUGGUCACAAGAAAAGGAAGAAAAACCGGAAGAAAAGCCCAAAUGACAUAUCAGCCCCCGGACCAGAGUUUACAAGAAAGUUCUGUGACAUUGAGGAUAUUGGGUGCGGAGGCUACGGUUGUGUUCACAAAGCAAAACUAAAAACUUCAGGAGAGUUCUUCGCUGUGAAGAUUGUCCGCUGUGAUGAGAAGUCUUUUCGAGAGGUGUCUAUGUUAUCAAAGGUUAAACACCCAAACAUCGUCCGAUACUACAGCUUUUGGACUGGCUCUGAUGGAUACAAGUGGAACGAUAAAUUUUUCAGUGCGAGCUCUUCCGGGUCUGAUGGUGAUUCCCCCAAAAAGUUCCUCUACAUUCAAAUGGAGUUAUGUAAAACCACAAGCCUUAAAGACUGGAUUAAAAAGAAGAACACUCAGUCUCUGUCAAACAUCAAGAGAUGGAAACAAGCUUUUGGGAUUGCUCUACAGAUAGCCAAAGCACUUGAGUGCAUUCAUGCCAAAGGUUUCAUUCACAGAGACAUUAAGCCUGGAAACAUCCUUUUUGGCUUGGAUGAUAAGGUGAAGAUCGGGGACUUCGGUCUGGUCACCUUGGAUGAUACUUCAAAGGAUAGGACAGCCUACCAAGGAUCCCCUCGCUACAUGGCACCUGAACAGUUCAAUGACAAGGCAUACGACAGAAAAGUGGACAUAUUCUCUCUGUGCCUGAUUAUCCUGGAACUCUUCUGUAAAUCAAUGAAAGAUGAGAAGGUUUUCAAAGCUGCCAGAGGCGGGAAGCUUCCCAAAGAUUUCCCCCAGGAUUUUUUACCAAUGAUGCAAAUCAUCAAGCCGAUGCUGGAUGAGAAACCACAAAAUCGACCUGAAGCGGAGGAAGUGGUGACUGCCCUGGAGGAGGUGUCUGCAAGACUGAUGGAUCAAAAACCACGAUCCAACUGAUUAGCAAAGAUGGACGUUUGUUAAAAAGCACUGAAGAGAGAGGCCUUAUCAGCCUGCUGGAGCUUGGGUACAGAGCAGUUUCUUAACUUGAAGGGAGUGUCAACAAUCAUUUCUAUCAGCUGGAGUAAUGGUUUGAAUAUUGACAUUUAAGGAGCAAGCAGGUUACAGAUACUUAAAUGUGUGAACAUUCCCUAACUGACACAGCCAUGUAUUUAUUUUACUCCAGAUUUUUAUGACUUAACAAGGACAUUUCAAAUCAUCAAGGUUAAAUUUGACUUUUUAUACUGGGAGAAAUCUGCAGACCUCAUACCUGUGGGCCAGUUAUAAUAAAAAUAUAAUAUGAUCUUACGAACUGGGUAUAACAGUACCAUGGGCCAGAUUUGGCCCCCAGGCCUCGAGUUUGACACCCCUGUGUUAGAGUAUAUUUAGAUGUUGUACAGCUGUAAUGAAACAGGGUUCCUGCAGAAUCUUGAAAAGUCUGUAAUUUCACAUUUGAAUUUUAAGGCCUUAAAAGGCUAGCUGGUCCAUCCUCAGUUCUUUUUCUGCUGGAUCUGUCUGCUGCCUUUGACACAGUCAACCACCAAAUCCUCCUCUCCACACUCCCUGACUUGGUAUCUCAGGGUCUGCCCACCAGUGGUCCAAGUCCUACCUCACAGGGAGGUCUUUUAGAGCAGUGAUACUCACCAUUUUUGCCACUUUUCGUCCAAAUAAGCUACCUUUUGCUAUUAAAUAACACUUGUUUUCCUU